AUGUCCUGCAAUUCCUCCCAGCCCGGGCCAACGCCAUUGGAACUCGAAGGCGUGAAGCAAAGGUUGAAAAGGAAAGCCGAGCUGCUUGAAGGCUUCUUGUUGGAUCGAGCACCUUCCGCAGAAGGAUGUCGAAUACUACACCAAAGGAUUCGUGUUGUGGAAAACGAAAUCGCAAAAGCAGGAAUUUCUGAGGCAGCUUAUAAUUGGCUCAAGCUUGCGGGUUUCGAUGCUCCCCUUUCACCCACAUGGAGUCAGGAAAGCAUGCUCAAAACAAUGUGCAUGUCUGCUACUAGACCUGUGGAGAUGGUUAUAACUCGUCCAGUGGAUACAAAUCUUCGUACUUCCAAGAAGAGACCACAUAUAAUCGAUCUUGAAUCAGACACCCCAGCCAUUGGAUGCGGAAAAGAUCUCGCGCCUUGUGAAACUAAAAAUGGAGGCAGCAGACCCUAUAGCACUCUUCGCGGUGGGUUUCUGACUCCUCCCUUGGCCCUCAAUGCCCUGCCUAUAGCCGCUUCUUCGCAGCCUUCAAAACGGAUGAAAAUGGCCUCAAAAGAAAGCCAUCCUUGCUUGCGAUGCAAAAUACUCAAGAAGAAGUGUGAUUUUCUUCAGCAGUGUGCUCACUGUCCUCAGCGAAGCUGUGACAGUGGAAACGAUCAUUGGAAAGUCUUGGGCUGUUUCCGAGGCCCUUUAAAAGACCUGUCCUCGGUAUUCUGCCCAGAUUUUGCAAGGUCACCCAGCAGAGUCUUGAAGUUCGCAUCUGGUGGUUCUCAGACCAUCAAUUUCAUGCUAUUCAAAUCCACGGUGUCUGCUACGAAAAAGAAGCGAAUAUUUCGUCUGAUCAAAACUAGGGACGAUUUCUCUAAACUUGCCAAUUCCUCCUGGGAAAAUCUCGACGUUCGUGGGUCCCUUUGCCGAGAGGCCGCAAGUACCCAUGUCCUGACUGAGAAUGAUCUCACUGACGAGACCCUUCCACUGGAAGAGUACGAAACGGCAUGGGCUGUGCUUCAGGCUGUGGCUAUGGAUGCAAAGUACUUGGGACGAACCGAGUACAACUUUUUUAGGCUUAUACAGCUUGGUAACAGAGCCGUAAAAGAAGACCCUGUGAGUCUUGAAAACUUUCCGAGGGCGAAGAAGCAAGCCUGCUGA